AUGACUGAGACUCUAUCAAAACUUUCUCUUAAAGGGUCCUUCAAAGUAGUGACAGACUACUUCGAGUUCGCAAUAUACAACAUUCUCUUUCAGCGAGGCAUCUAUCCAGCUGAUGACUUCACAACUGUCAAAAAAUAUGACCUCCCGAUGCUAGUAAGUGCAGAUGACGAAGUGAGGAGUUAUGUUGACAAGAUCAUGAGUCAGGUAAAGAAAUGGAUCUACGGAGGAAAACUAACAAAGCUAGUGGUGGUGAUCAUUAACAAACAUACAACAGAGAAUGUUGAGAGGUGGGAGUUUGCUUUGAAUGUCACAGAUCUGGGAGAAACAAAUGAAGAUACCAAAAGUCGGAUCGCAAUUCAGAGGGAAAUACAAGCGAUCAUACGCCAGGUGACAGCUUCUGUUGCAUACUUACCGUUUUUGAAAGACGAUGAAUAUACUUUCAAUGUUCUCGUCUAUACUGAUCCCAAUUACGAUGUAAACAAGAUCCCGUUGGAAUGGGCAGAUACAAAAGGUGACGGGAAAAUGAUUCAAGGCGAGAGUGACUCAGUCAAAUUUUCUUCCUUCCAGACAGACUUACAUACUGUUGGUACAAGCGUGAGUUACAAACUCGGUUGA